AUGGGUGACACCUCCGCUACCGAUUGGGCUUCGGCAAUCAGCUCCGUCAUCGCCGCCACCAUCAGCAUCAUCACCGUCACCACCGUCUACGUCGCUGCAAGACAGCUGCUUACGGAGCACCGCGCUUACCAGAUGGGCUUAUCUCAGGACACCCUAGGACCGUGGCAUGACAAGGUCAAGAAGAAACAGCUACUUGGACUGCAACAAGAAAUCAGCACGCCAACCAUUACCCUGGCAAUGCUCCUGAAGCGAGACUGGACACCAAAUUUUGUCUUUCCCUCGAGCGCGCAUUCUACCUCACCGCUGGGAGAUGUCGACACGGAAAAGGCCCUGGCCAAGGCGGGCUGGGUCAACUUUGUCGAGGCGCUCGGUCUCCAGCCCUAA